AUGAAUAGCAACAAAAUCGAGAAAGAGAACGAGCAGAGCGAAUUCUCCAACCACGAAGAGGAGGUCCGAACACUAUUUGUCAGUGGGCUACCUCUGGAUAUUAAACCCCGGGAGCUCUAUCUCCUCUUCAGACCAUUUAAGGGCUAUGAAGGCUCCUUGAUAAAACUCACCUCUAAACAGCCGGUGGGGUUUGUCAGCUUUGACAGUCGAUCAGAGGCGGAGGCUGCUAAGAAUGCCUUGAAUGGGGUCCGCUUUGAUCCAGAGAUCCCCCAAACCCUGCGACUGGAGUUCGCCAAGGCCAACACCAAGAUGGCCAAAAACAAGCUGGUAGGCACUCCAAACCCCCCCCCUUCCCAGCAGAGCCCCGGGCCCCAGUUCAUUAGCAGAGACCCAUAUGAGCUCACAGUGCCUGCUCUAUAUCCCAGCAGCCCAGACGUGUGGGCGUCAUACCCGCUGUACCCGGCUGAGCUGUCGCCGGCCCUUCCACCCGCUUUCACCUACCCCUCCUCGCUCCACGCUCAGAUUCGUUGGCUCCCACCUGCAGAUGGAACUCCUCAGGGAUGGAAAUCCAGGCAGUUCUGCUGAAGUAUGUGUUCCUGAUGUGUGAUGGCGGCCGUGGCCGGCUGUGACGGGCGUUGUCCUUCUGCCUCUCAGUGGUCCCAUUCGAAUCCAAGAGGACCGACCUGACUCCGGAUCUAGGAGCAGCGCACCGUCGGCAGUAGCAGCCUCAUGGGCCUCAGGACAUACUAGACCCCAGCCUCCAUCACACAUCAAGCCCCCUCCCCAACCCCUGCAAAGCUCCCUGCAACCCUUGAUUUUCUUUUUUUCUCUUUUUUUUUAUACUGUUACGUACUCAAGAUUUACGGGCAGCACUUUGGCUGCACCCCCUCGCCCUUUGUUUGCCCACCGGCUGCAUGGCCUUUUUAACAUUGGUAGAUGUCUCGCUUUGACCACCGGGGGGUUGAAACGCGGCCAGGCGGGUGGAAGUGUGGCCAAAGUGCUACCGGGAUAUGUUAUAAUAUGACUAUAAUUAUUCCUAUUCUGUAUAUCAUUCAUAUUAAUGUUAUUAUGAUUAUUAAAUACAUGUUGAAGCAUGACUUUGCAAAAAAAAAAGACAAAAAAAGGAAGAAAAAAACGCUGUACAUUUUUAGAUAUUUUAAAGAAAUACAAAAGGUAUUUUUAUAAUAAUCAAGACAAUGUUGAAAUGUUUUGAUUUCUGUUGUGCUGAGGUGUGCGAGGAGCUUUCAUAGUUUUUACUCUUUUGCCCAAUACAUUUUGUGCCGUUAUAUAAAAAAAAAAAAAAGGAUGAAUCACCUUGCCAUACCAAAGCGGCCCUGUUACUGUGUUUCAUGUCCUUACUACACAACUGUGUGGGUUCUUUGUGUGUUUUACCAACGUUCUAUACAGAAGUCGGCUGUGUGGCAACGUUGACGUUGAGUGACGACCUGAUCAAGUUCACAAAUUUGCAGUUUCCUAAAUCAGACACGUUAAAAGAGGCAUUGACAGGAAUAAGCCAUCAGUGGUUAAGAUUGAGUGACCCCAGAGAUGGCAAAACCUGGCAAACUGCGCCCUGCUAUUAUUAGGAAUUUGCUCCUUUGUUGUGUAGCAGGAGGACAAAAAUACAGUAUAGAGAAACAAAAGACCAAAGGCAUUUUUUUUUUACACUGGAGAUAUCGAGGCUUGUGGAAUUAUUUCAUUUCCGACUGCUUUGUAGUUCUCGGUCUGAUUGUUUAAGAAGUAUGACAUUGUUUUUGCUGCAUGUCCCUUUUGGUGUCACUCCAAAGAGCCACGCUGCAUCUGAAAAGAAAAUCACUUUAAGCAAUUUAGUUUCUUUCGACUAUUUUUAGGAAGACGAUGUGAUUAAACCUGUUUUUGUAAAGUUUGAAUUUACAUAGUAAUGAUUGAGGCAGAAGGGGAGAAUAAAAGAAAUCUUUUGUAAUCCGGUGUGUCUCUGGGUCUGCAAUAAUGUCUCUGCUGUAUGACAUAUCAUGGAGUGAUCCUAAUUCUGUGACAUCCUGAAGCCAAAAUGAUCAUUCUUGGCACACUUGUACAAAAAAAAAAAAGUGAUUCUUGUACUUUUCUGAUAACGUCACAUUUCAAAGGUGUGACCAUCAAAAACUCAAAUGCUGUAAGACACAAUCUUGCCUGUUUAGCCCAGUUUUGUAAAAUCAUCGUAGGAUGGUUAAAUCACCUAGUUAGUGUUCGUAACGAAUAUUAAGAUGCAUCAUAUACAGGUAUAUCAUAUCAAGUGAUUCUCUGAGUGGACUUUGCUUUUACAGAAGCCACGUGUGGCGCCAAAUUUAUUAGAACAAGUAUUUAUAUGAAAUAUGUGUGUGGGGGUGUGUGUGCUUUUAUCGGGUAUUUUCUUUAUAAAGUUUGUGGAAGAUUCCCACCUUAUAAUUCAAUGUAAGUAUUAUUGUAAGUUAAGCUGUAUAUUCAUUUGAUCAUUUUUCUAUAGCUUCUUUCCCUUUUGGUUUUGUAGCUGAUUGAAACAGUCUGUGUGUAAUAUGUCAAUACUGUUCCUACACAAUUCACUGUGAAAUCCAGAGAAGAAAAUGCGCCUCGAACAAAUGGAACUUUUUACCUUUUUGCCAGCGAUAUGGUACAGAAGUUCCUGGAAAAUUAAUAUGAUGAUCCCUCCUUUUGUCAAUGACAGAUAUUCCUUGGUUUCGUAUACUGUGUGUAACUGUUUGUUGUGCAUGUUCAUGGCAUGUGUGUGUUCUUUUCUUUCUUUCUUUUUUUAAGUCAUAAAGUACUGUUGAUAUUUAUGUACUUCAGCCACUGUAAGGAGAAACUAUUUCAGUGAAUUGCAGAGGUUUGUUAGUUUGAACCUUUAUGGAAAAAAAAAAAAACGUAAU